AUAAAAACAAGAAGCGCAGGUAAGCUGAAGAUGCAGGACAGCUGCUGCUACGGCUCCAGGUAACGUGCUCAACAUGGGGAACUGGAUUAUCAACAAUGGAUUUACAUCCUUCAUGCUGGUGGUCUGGAUGGGCAUCAACAUCUUUCUUUUUGUCUGGUUUUACUUCUUCUACGACCUGGGGGAUCAGUUUUUCUACACGCGUCAUCUUUUAGGGUCUGCCCUGGCCUGGGCCAGAGCUCCCGCAGCUGUCCUCAACUUUAACUGCUUGCUGAUCCUCCUCCCGGUGUGCAGGAACCUGCUGUCUCUGAUCCGAGGCUCCUUCGUGUGUUGCAGCAGAACAAUGAGGAAACAACUGGACAAAAAUUUGAGUUUCCACAAACUGGUGGCGUACAUGAUUGCACUGAUGACAGCGGUUCACAUGAUCGCCCACUUGCUGAACGUGGAGUGGUACAACAACAGCAGACAAGGUGUUUAUGAUAAUCUCAGCACAGCUCUGUCCAACCUGGCGGACACAGACAACACCACCUACCUGAACCCAAUCCGCACAACCAACCUCGAUCCGCAGCAGAUUCCCACCUACUUCGUGUUCACAACCAUCGCUGGCCUCACGGGCGUCAUCAUCACUCUGGCGCUCAUCCUCAUCAUCACCUCGUCCAUGGAGGUGAUCAGACGCAGCUACUUUGAGGUCUUCUGGUACACGCAUCACCUCUUCAUCAUCUUCUUCGCGGGUCUCGUCUUUCACGGAGCCGGGCGCAUUGUGCGGAGUCAACAGACGACAGAUCCACCUCACAACUUCACCUUUUGUAAAGACCGCAGUGACGACUGGGGAAAGAUUCCUGAAUGUCCCGUCCCUCAGUUUGCAGGAGGGUUCCCGCAGACCUGGAUGUGGGUGAUCGGCCCAAUGAUUCUCUACAUUUUUGAACGAGUGCUUCGUUUCAUUCGUUACAUGCAGACAGUCAAAUACAGGAAGAUCGUGAUGCGUCCGUCCAAAGUGCUGGAGCUGCAGCUGGUGAAGAACGGUUUCAAAAUGGAGGUGGGUCAGUACGUCUUCCUCAACUGCCUGGCCAUCUCUCAGCUGGAGUGGCACCCGUUCACCAUGACCUCUGCCCCUGAGGAGGACUUCUUCAGCGUCCACAUCCGCUCGGCCGGAGACUGGACCGAUAAACUCAUCGACAUCAUGCAGAAGCUACCAGAGGGAGCACAGGGACCCAAAAUGGGAGUGGAUGGACCUUUUGGCACAGCCAGCGAGGAUGUGUUCGACUAUGAGGUCAGCAUGUUGGUUGGUGCCGGCAUUGGCGUCACCCCCUUCGCCUCCAUCCUCAAGUCCAUCUGGUACAAAAUCAAAAACGGCAAUUCCACACUGCGCACCAGGAAGAUUUACUUUUAUUGGCUCUGCCGAGAAACGCACGCCUUCGAAUGGUUCGCCGACCUCCUGCAGGUGUUGGAGAGGGAGAUGGAGGAGAGAGGCCUGGCGGACUUUCUCACCUACAACCUCUACCUGACCGGUUGGGAUCAAAGCCAUGUUGAUCACGUAAAGGUUCGCUUUGAUGAGGACACAGAUGUGGUCACUGGGCUCAAACAGAAAACUCACUAUGGCCGACCGAUCUGGGACAAGGAGUUUGAACAAGUCCGCAAAGAAAACCCAACGUCCGUGGUGGGAACUUUCUUGUGUGGCCCUGUGGCUCUCGCAAAAGUCUUGGAGAAGAAAUGUGCCAAAUACUCAGAUGUGGAUCCUCGCAAGACCAAAUUUUACUUCAACAAGGAGAACUUCUGAGCAAACAAAAAAAAAGUCUCAGCACGUCGGAUUUCUGAAGGACAACAAUUAGUGUGGGAUUUUUGUCACUACAGACUAUCGGAAGUUAAUGAUGAUGACAAAGCUGCCAGACAGCUGGUGUGACAGGAACGGGUGUGUUUUGGCACUUUAAUCUAUACGGCUUCUACUAAAGAGGCGUGGAAUGUUGUUAUUUUAGCAGUACUCAGAGACUGGCUCUCUCUCUAUUUAGAUUCUAGCCUUGUAUUGUGAUGAAAUCAUAAAUCUUUGUGGUUGUAUAAGCUAUGAUUACGUAGCCGUUUUAUUUUAGGCUGCAUUCCUAAUGAAGUCUUCCUAGUUACUGAACAAGAUUACAGGAAAGAAUUUUAAUGUUACAAGGUCACAUGGACCUCAAUUUCUUGUGUCAUGACACCCGCCUCAGCGUACUAAAAUGUCAAGUGUUGGAUCAUGUGGAAAACUGAUUUUUAUUUUUAUUGCACAAAUACUACCUUAAAUUAAAGCAGUGUGAAACUGGA